CUAGGCCUAUUGUAAUAAAAAAUUUUGCUCUAUUUCGACAAGUAAUUAAUUUAAACAUGGAAGAGUUUACCGAAGGAAUGAUUGUUAGGAUAUUUUGCAAAGAUUUUCUGACAUACAAUGAAACCGGUGUAGAAUGUUAUCCUUGUGCAAAACUGAAUAUGAUUGUUGGGCCUAAUGGUACAGGGAAGUCCUCCUUGGUCAAUGCAAUUGUCCUCGGACUCGGAGGGAAAACGAGUAUCAUUGGCAGAGCAAAACAGCUAUCCGCGUACGUGAGGAGAGGAUGUCAAAAAGCAAAGAUCGAAAUAGAACUUUACAGUGAACCUUCAAACUACGUCAUUGGAAGAGAGUUUAACAUUGACAAUAAAACUACUUGGUUUAUCAAUGGCCAAGUAGUCCCAUUUAAAGAGGUGGAAAAAAUUAUAAAACAAAUGAACAUACAAGUAGACAAUCUUUGCCAGUUCCUACCUCAAGACAGGGUUCAAGACUUUUCCAAGAUGGAUUCAAAACAGUUGUUGGAAAAUACACUGAAAACUGUUGGUUCCAAAGAAAUCGUUGACCUGCAUGACAAUUUGAAAGACUUGAGGAACCAAGAAACUAACUUGGCCUCGAAAACCAAGUUACUGAGACAAAAUCUUGAAUCUGAGAAGAAAAAGAUUAGUAGGUUGGAAAAUGAAGUGAAAGCAAUUAUGGAACGACAAGAAAUGAUGAAAAAGGUUGCGAUUUUAGAGAAGAAGAAAGCUUGGUUGGAUGUGAGUGAAAAAGAAGAAUCCAAGAAAAGGGUACAAGAAGACAGGAAGAAGAUUUUAGGUAUCAAGAAAGAAGCGGAAGAAAGCUUGGCGCCAUUUGAACGAGAAAUUGAAAGAGUCAAAGACAACAUAAAAACAGUCGAAAGAGAGAUUCAAAAAGAGAUCAAACUGAGUGGAGACGGAAUGGCAGCCGGCAGAAACAUUCUGGGUGUGAUAGAGGAAGGUGAAGACAAGAUGAGAAGUAUUGAGAACCAAUUGAAAGAUAAACUAGAAGCAGCAAAGAAACGGAGCGAGAAAAUCAGCAGCUUGGAGGAGGAGAUAAGAAACUUGGAGACUGUUAUUCAGCCUGAGAAAGAGUCGAGGCUACAGCAGCAAGUGUCAGGCAUGCAGCCACAGUUGGCCACUAAGAGUGAGGAGCUGCUGAGAGCGCAGAGGCAGGCUCGAGAAGUUGAACAAAACAUAAGUGAAGUCACUAGGACAAAAAAUAGAAUAGAGGGAGCGCUGCAGAGAGAAGAGUCGGCGGCCAAUAAAAAGCUAGAAGUCCUGAAGCAGAGAUUCCCGGCCACAUAUCAAGCCUACCAGUGGCUAGAGGACAACCGAGACAAGUUCAGGAAACACAUCUACGGACCAAUCAUGUUAGAGAUUAACUGCGAACAAGACGCGGCCAAGUUUGUAGAGUUCUCCAUACCCCACAGAGAAAUGGUUAUGUUUGUGUGCGAAGACAAGAAUGAUAUGAAUCAGUUGCUCAAGACAGUCAGAGAUGGUAUGAGACUUAGCAUCAACGCAGCUGUGGUAACUAGAAACUACAACAGCCCGGCCAGUGAGAACUACAGGCCUCCUCUGGACCUGAGGAGCAUCAAAGAGUUUGGCUUCUCGGAUUACAUCAUCAACAAGAUGGAAGGUCCUAAUGCGAUCCUCAACUAUCUCUGUGCAAACUUCGCUUUGCAUCAGAUUCCCCUUGGGAACAAAAAAACUGAACUGAUGGCUGACAAAAUACCUCGACAGAUUCGAUCUUACUUCUCAGAUUCACAGCAUUACUUGGUGAGAUAUUCCAAGUACUCAGGAGAAAGGUCUUCACGCAUCGUGAACGUCAGAGACAGUUUUCUAUUGUCUGGCUCUACCAACACUGCCGCUAUUGCUGAAUACAGGAGAAGUAUCCAAAAAGAACAUCAAAAACUUGAGGGGCUUAUGAAAAAUAAAGACGCACUGAUGGCAAACAUAAGUAGUAUUGAACGAGUAACAAACGACUUGCGACAAAAGAAGCGAGAUUUGGACCAAGAGUUGCAGAAAUUGAAGGUCGGAAGAACCAGAUUGGGUAUGAGAAAGAGUGAGCUGCAAAAAGUCAUUCAGCAAGUGGAAAUUGAUCCUGAAGAAGAAAUAUCCAAAGCAAAAGCUGAAGCUAAUAAAUUUGUCAUCGCGUUGACUUCAGAGCCAAGAAAAAUCAUCAAGUAUUUAAAAAACACACAGAGCUGCUUCUCGAAAAAACUAACAAAUGUUCAAAAAAAGUCUCACUACCAAAGGAUUCUCGACGCGAAAAAGAGAGAUGCUGCAGAGGCUCGAAGUAAAGUGGAUAACGCUAAUAGGAUGCUGGAAAACGUCGAGCACGAGCUGAGAGAAGUAUCGCGAACUUGGGAGAGAGCAAAGGCCAAAGCACAAGAGAUGUCCGGGGGGAAGACUCCAACAGACGCGGCUCUCCGGAGGGAGUUUGCUGAUCUCCCGGAUGACCUGAAUGGCCUGGAGAGGGAGAUAUCUGAGGCGACGGCCCGAGUGAGGUGUAUGGGAGGGGGAAGAGAGUCGGUUUUGGAAGAGUACGAUAAGACAAAGAAAACCAUAGAAGAUCUAGAACGUCAGGUGGCUAACCCAGAGAAGCAGUUAGAGACUAUAAAAGAACGCAUGGAGAACAACCGGAACCAGUGGAUACCUCAGGUGCAACACCUGUUGGAGAGGAUCAACGCAAACUUCAGCUCUUUCUUCUGUCUGAUCAACUGCGUGGGAGAGGUCUCGCUGGAGGUUCCGGAGAACCAGGACGAAUACAGCAAGUACGGGAUCAGCAUACAGGUUCAGUUCCGAGAGUCCAGUCGUCUGCAGAAGCUCGGUCCGCACACUCAGAGCGGGGGAGAGAAGGCGGUGGCCACUGCCAUCUAUAUGUUGUCUCUGCAGGAACUCACCACCGUGCCUUUCAGAUGUGUGGACGAGAUCAAUCAGGGUAUGGAUGAGCACAAUGAGAGAGUGGUGUUCAAGCUGAUGGUGAACACUGUUGAGAAAGCUAACUCUGCUCAAUGCUUCCUGCUCACACCCAAGAUUUUGCCCAACUUGGAAUACUCUGACAACGUGAGAGUACUUUGUAUCUACUCUGGUCCGUGGUCCAUCAGUCGCCUGAGGUUCAAGAUGAACAAAUACAUUGAGAGGGUGGCAAGAUGCAGUGAGAACACACGACGAGAGUCUCUCAAGAGAAAACACUCUCAGUCAGACGACUCCGACUAACAUUCUGUGAUAAAACUUGUCCAUAUUGUAAGUAUUUAGGUAUCCAUGAAGUUUGGAAGAGGACGAGUAACGAGUGCUUGUCAAGGUUUCACAUUCCAUCCGGAUAAAUUUUAAAAUUAUCUCAAAAAUUGAAACACAAGCUGAUGUUUGAUAACAAUUUACUUAUGCCCUUACUAGUCGAUUCAAACUGUUUAUCGUGCAAUUUUGACAGUAAAUUUUGAAGAAGUAGGCUACAAAGACAAAGCAAACUUAAAUAUAAAAUUUAGAAAACAAAACCUUGGUAUAGCGUUUUUACACUAGAUAUUGUGAAGGAGUUAUUGGCACAAUAUUCACGGUUGAGAACUCUACUAGUAAUAAAUCAUCCACAGUUGUGUUUAUGUAGGAUAAGUAUCAUGGAUCCAGUGCUAAUGUGACAUUGAUAGGGCUUGUCAGUCCAAUGCCUAUAUGCGUGUGCCUUUCCAUGUAGACCUGUCACAGUACAGUAUUCACUGGAGAUUUGUGCAUUUAUUUAGCCCAAGUAAAGCUUGUGUUUGUAUUGUUUGAGUUUCAAUUCAAACAAAGUGUUUAACACCCUAUGCCUUGCCACCAAUAGUUAUACAGCUAAAGUAGGUAUGCAGAUUGAAUUUGAGAUUUGAAUUUAAAAAAUUGUCUUAGAACAAACUAGUGGCGGCUGGUCAGUUAAAAACCCCUAUUCGAAUGCUCUAAAAAGAAUCAAUAAUCUAGACCGGUUGGACAUGUUACUUGUUAUAAGCAAUGAUAAGACAAUCACAAAAGCAUCUAAUUGACACAUUUUAUUUUUUUUUUAUGUUUGUUAAAACAAAAACCCAAUCAAAUUGCUUUUUACUGAUAGUCAACACGAACACAUCAGUUCAUAAUGUUUCAUUUCACACAUGGACCUACUCUUUAACAUUAUCGUACUGUCUAAAAUUGCAGCAUUAAAUCUUAAAGGCAGCGUUGUGAUCGGUGUAUUUUUAGUUGAGCGUCAAAACUUUGUGGUUAAGAUCUAAACCCCUGCCUAUUAGCUUAACGUCCUAGCAUCUGCUAAUUCUCCAUUGUGGAAAUGAUCCUAAAUUUUGGAAGCACUAAAAAAAUAGGCUGUCGUAUUUAGUUGAACACUUAAAAUGUGCAUUUUGUUGCUAUAUUGUGAAUGGGUGAGUAGAGGUUUCAUUAACCAGCCGCCUCUGGAAUAAAGUAAGAACAUCGUUCAUUUUCCGUUAUUUUACUACUACUACUUUUUUAUUGCUAUUCCGUUUAUUCACUAUCAUAAUUUUUUCAUAAUCUGCAAGUUUGGUUGGUUAGGUUAGUUUAGAAUAGUUUCAUUUUAUAAUUGAUAUAUUCAUAGACUAGGCUAACUGUUAAAAAUUUUAGAAUUGCAAUAUAAAAGUAGUGGUAGUGAAUUAACGGAAAAGAACCAGAAUAACAAAGGAAUAAGUGAGAAAAUAGAAUUGUUGCUGCAAUAAUUACGCAAUGUUCGGACACAGUUUAAACCUGCAAGCCAAUUUAAGCUGUGUUUAAUGUGCCAUGGCAAGGCAACAUUGAAUAUAAGUUUUGGUUUAAGAUAAGUUACAUUAAUUGUUACUUUGUACCUAAAGAGAUGUAUUAAGUUUUAUUAUUUAACAUGUUCCUUAAAUACUAAGGCUUAAACAACGCAAAUAACAACAAUUAUUGUGUUUACUAGUUUACUGUAUGGUUGAUAAAAAGCUAUCCUUACGUUUUUGAUUUAAAUCAAGUCUUUUUUCUAAAUCCUUAAGCAAGUUCCUACCAUGCAACAAUUUCCCGAUGUUCUUUGUUAAGUGUACUUUACAUUUAGGUUAUUUAAUAGUACUUUGUUCUUUGUGUUUAUUUUAUACUUGUAUAACUAGGCCUAAUUUUAAAACUAUUGAUAACAUCAAGAUACAUUUUUGUUCGUCUUCAAUAACUAAUUUAUAAAAUUGUGAUAAAAUAUUUGGCAUUUAAUUAUUUAUUACCUAAGUUAUUACGGAAUGUAAGAGUAAUUGCAUUUUUACUUUGCUUUUUCUACAUUUUGUCGAGUCUACAGAAAAUAUUUUGUACGAUUAAAUAAUAGUCGAGUUGCUAGAAUUUUAAAACUUGAAUUGACUGUGUGUUAUUGUAUUUGGUAAAGUAGUGUUAUAAACUGUAUUUAUAAGUAAAAAUAGUACAACACCAUGUUUGUACAUUUGUACAGAUUUUUUAAUAAAUACACUAUUGUUCAA